AUGACUGAACAAUCAGACACUGACAAUGGUUGUAUCGCAUGUGGCUGGACAACUUUCAAGCAAAAUCGGUGCGACUAUGCAAGCCACGUGAAACUCUUCUACGGCGCGUCCAAGCGCGGCGUCUGGUCUAUCGGUUCCGAUGUAAUCCUUAAAGAUCGUCCGGAUGAAGGCUCAAAGGCCACAAUCGAAGCGAAAACCCUGGAUUUUCUUGCAAAAUCCACUGCUGCCAUGAACAUUGAAAUCCCCGCUCCAAAACACAUACGUGAUUGGGUCGAUCGUGAUGGGCGAUACUUUACCCUGACCGAACGCAUACAGGGUCAAACACUCGAGCAAGCAUGGCCGUCUUUAUCAGAAUCUCAAAAGAUUUCCAUUGCAGAUCAGGUCGUCCAAGUUCGCAAACAGCUUCGAUCUAAUUUCAUCUCGACCACUAUACAAACUAUCGACCAAGGUCCCUGUUAUCCAGGCUUGCUGUUUCUGGAUAUGAAACCAUAUGGACCAUUUUAUUCUGAGCAAGAGCUCUGGGAUGCCCUUGCCCUAGCCUAUGACAAUCUCCCUCAAUCCAUCUUUGAGAAUUUGAAAAAGCGCUUUCCUAAAAGUGAGCCUUUUGUGCUCACUCACUGUGAUCUUAACUUGGGCAAUAUUAUGGUUCGAGAUGGAAAAGUUGUUGGUAUACUUGACUGGGAAUAUGCGGCUUAUCUCCCUGUUUGGUAUGAGUACAUCUCCGCAUCUUUCGCAUUUACAGAAAUGGAUGUGGAAUGGAAGAAGGUUCUUCGAGAACGUCUAGGUGUACAUGGUGACGCAUAUGACGAUGCAAAGGCUCUUUGGAAGGACUUGAUCAGUUUGAAACAAUAUCCCGAUCUAGAUCAGAAGGGUAAAGAAGCCUUUGAGAGGCUAAAUUCCUAA